GCCGGGCCGUACCAAGGGUGCCGUGGGCGGAGCCGGGGCCGCGCCAUGGACGCCGCGCUGCUUGCCGCCGCCGCCGUGCUGCUCGCCGUCCUCCUCUUCUUCGCCACCCGUCUCCGCGGGCAAGCCAGGGCAGCUGAUGAGGAGCACCAGCAGAAUGUGGCAGCAGCAGCAGUGGCCAGGCCUCGUCCCCAGGUGGAGGAGAGGGGAGAGGGGGUGCCCCGGCGCCGCAGGAACAUGGGAAACCGGCUGAUGGCCCAGAGGAGAGCCCAGCAGGCUGAGGAGUGGGGGGAAGAGGAAGAGGAUGCUGAGGAGGCGCCAGAAUUUCAGGUGUCUGGGAAAAUUGGAGCAAAGAAGCAGAGGAAAUUAGAGGAGAAACAAGCCAGGAAAGCACAGAGAGAGGCUGAGGAAGCAGAGAGAGAAGAAAGGAGAAGACUUGAGUCCAAAAGAGAGGAGGAAAGGCGGAAAGAAGAGGAGAGGAUACGGCUGGAGGAGGAACGACAGGAAGAGGAAAAAAGAAAGGCAAAGGAAGAAGAGGAGAAGAGAGAGUAUGAAGAGUACCUGAAGCUGAAGGAGAGUUUUGUAGUUGAAGAGGAAGGAGUUGAAGAGUCAAUGACAGAGGAACAGUCUCGCAGCUUUCUUUUGGAAUUCCUGGAAUACGUUAAGAAAACAAAGGUAAUCCAGCUGGAGGACUUGGCUUCACAUCUGGGUUUAAGAACACAGGAUGCGAUUAACAGGAUCCAGGACCUGAUGGCAGAUGGCACUUUGACAGGUGUGAUUGAUGACAGAGGGAAGUUCAUCUACAUCACCCCGGAGGAGAUGGCGGCCGUGGCGCAGUUCAUCAAACAGCGAGGGCGAGUCUCCAUCGCCGAGCUGGCCCAGGCCAGCAACUCCCUCAUCAACCUCCAGCCUGACAGCAGAGCUGCUGCUCCAACUGUGGCCUGAGAAAAGCACAGCAGGAGUUUGACCUCUGAAUGAAUAAACCCCGUAAUUAAAAGCAAACAAGAGCCUCUAGUCCGCUGAGCUGACGGUGCUUGAAGGUAGGAUGGGCUUUUGAAGCCUCAGCUGCAAGGCUUCUCAGAAGUUUUGCUUUUCACUCUGUUAGAGCUGGGAUAAAAUAAGACAUUUGAUUGUGCAGCAGAGGCUGCCAACACUCUGAUGGGGCUGUAACACUCUGAUGCAGCUGUAGCCCAGGAAUAUCAGUAAUUUAUACCUCGGCAGUGAGUCCUGUGUGACUGUACCUGGACUUUGUAUUGUUUGCAGAUUUUCAUGUCUCUGUCAAAUAGAUUCAGGUUUGACUGCACUCAGAAUUCUUGCUCUGCUGUUAAACUUCGUGGAAGUGAUGGACACAGCCCAGGAAAAUAGGUUUUAUCUGCUGUAUCCACACUGGAAGGACAGAGUAAAAAGAAAAUACUCUUUGUUCUCACUGCAAUAUAUCCUGAAACUCUGGAAGGAGUAGUUGCUCUGUUGUUAAAACUUCCAGAGGCUGUUUCAGACAACCUUUGCUAUAUAAAUAUGUUUUCCUUUGUUUAAAUAAUAUAAAAAGUUUGUUUGCAGACAAGCUGCAUCAUUUUCCUGUAGCCAAGAGACAGAAACCCCUCCAGGGAAAGGCUAAACUGGCCUCAAUUAUUGUGCAGGCCAGUUCUGCUGAUACCAACCAGAUUCUGAUGAUUCAUCCUUUGAAGUCAGAGCCAGCUCAGAGUGUCUGAAGGCCUCAGACACCCCCACCCUGUGGCCUCUGUGUUCUGGAUGUUUAGGGGUUUUUAAAUAAAAACUUGAGACACUCUGAGUCAUGCAAUUAAUGCUGCAAGUAAAUGAUUACUAAUGUAUUAACUGUAGGGGUCAGUAUAUUUCCUGCAUAAGAAUAUUUAUUUUUUUUAAUAAUUUGUUAAUUCUCCUCUCUGAAAUCAACAGGAUUUAUGUGGAUAAACAGUAAUUGGGGAGGGCAAGAGGUUUUGUUUCUGCCAAACAUAGAAGAUUACUUGAGGAGACUAAAAGCCACGUUAUCAGUGGGAUGAGACAGCAAUAAAACAAUGGAAGGAAACAUAUUUCCAUUUAAUCUCUGCACUGCUGCUGGAUAGGGGAGUGCAGGAGUGUGGAGUUACAGUGCAGCACCACAUGUUGGUGUGAGAGACCAGCACAUCCUCAGUGUUGCACAACCACAACCAGCAAAGAGGUUCCUUGACACUUGAGGCUCGUAAAGUCUCUUAAUUAUCGACUCAUUGUUACAUUUUAAAAGUUACUUGAAUUUGCCAAGAUUUUGCUGUUCUGUCUUAAACUGUUCUCGUAAUAAAAUCAACAAUAUUGAAA